CACCUAUCUUGGAUGUUUCUAUGAUAAUAACAGAAGAGAAUCCCUUCCUGAUCUGAUUUACUGUGAAAGAGAUAUAUACCCUUACGAUACAUGUCAGAAUACAUGUGGACCACAAGCUCAGUACUGUCAAUCUCAAGAGAUGACAAUUGAACUAUGCAGAGAUAUUUGUGCUGAUCAGAACAUGAGAUACUUUGGACUUCAAGCAGGCACACAGUGCCUUUGUGGUGGAUUCUUUGCACCUUAUAAUGUUCUGGGUCAACCAGAUGGCAAUGAUACAUGCAACAGAAAUUGUUCAGGAAAUUCAACUCAAAUGUGUGGAGCAGAUUUUCAAGCUAGCGUCUAUCAAAUAAAUGAAUCACCAUCGGACUGUUUUAAUCCAGGAUACGUUUUAAACGGUGACCAAUCGCAGCAGGAUAGUUCUUUAUACAACGCGAGUGACGUCAUCGACUUCGCCACUGUCUGUCCACCACCAAGUAUCAAGGAUGGCGCCGCUUCUAUCACGUGUACUGCAUCCGGGAACUGGACAAACCCUCCUCCUACCUGUACGGUCAGGUGUUCCACGCCCACUGCACCCAUACAUGCUAGUUUCAGCUCAUGGCAGACAUUGAAUGACAGCUACGCAGUCGAUGAUGAAGUCUUCUUUGAUUGUGAUAUGGAUCCUUCGAGGACGAAUCAAACAUUGACAUGUGGUUACUUUGGUGACUGGGAGACCGUUGUCCCGGAUUGUCCUGAAACCCCGCCACCAACUAAUGGAUCUACAACCACUAAUAUUGCAGCUACAACUGUUUCAACAACUGUUUCAACAACCGAAUCUGUAAAUGAUUCUUCCUCAACAAUUGAAACAACAACAUCAGGAGGGCCCCCAACAACAGACUCGACCACAAUGUCCGUCUCAACAGCCUCGACCACAAUGUCCGUCUCAACAGCAUCCGCGUCGACAGACCAAGCCACCUCGACAUCGUCCUCACCAAGUGCCUCAUCAUCGAGCCCGUCGUCAUCAAUGACUGACGACAGCACACCCAGACAGCCGAUCACGAUGACGUCAUCACCUGGCGGGCAAGACCCAUCCACACCCAUUGUUACAGAUGGUAGUGGUGGGUCGACACCUGUCGACAGGGGUGCAAACACAGGCGAUGAUAUAGAUCUCGUACCAAUCAUCGUUGGAGUAGUAGCUGGUUUCCUCGUGAUCAUCCUCAUUAUCGUUGUCGUAUCCGUUUAUUGCUCAAGGAAAGGAAAACAAAAGACGAAGAAGAUACCCUUUGACCCGGCCCUGGGAGCCAGUUUUGGAAACCCCGCAUUCGAGGAAGACGAGGAGGCCGAGACGGCGCGACGUGGUUUCGUGCAGGAGAACGACUACGGUGACAGGCAGACAUACGACAUCGGUGUAUCCGACUACGCCAUGGAGAAUGACGAGGUCGACAGGGCUCCACCUGAUGGGAAGGAUUCCUCGAUCUUCCUCCCUGACAACGGAACGGAGGACGCGACCUACGCGGUAGUGAACAAAAACAGACAAGACGCAGCGGAACCGUAGAAUAGUCUGAAAGUCCACCAAACGGUAAAAAAAGCUAGUAUGCAAAUACUUUUCAGCCCUUGCAUCAAAUAAUUAUGUCAUUAUUCUCUAACAUCCAGACAAUGUACCCAUGAUAAAUAUUCAGGGAGAGCAAAUAUAGAAUUAUUAACUUCAGCAUUUGGAAUAAUGAUCAUUCUAAUUAUAACUCAUGUUUGUUUCGUGUUUUUUCAGCCAUCAGCUCAUCCGUUUAUCCUCUCUAGCUAUUUAUUUAUUCAUUUAUAUAUCUAUCUUUCCCUCUAACAAAGCAUGUAUCUAUCCAUUCAAUUCUAUCUACCCCACCCCCUCUCUGUCUAUCAAUUCAUCUUUCUUUCUACCUACCUAUAUCCCCCUCCCUCUAUGAAUGUUUAUCUCCCAAUUUCUUGCCCCCCCCCCUCUCCUUCCAUCUCUUUCACUCCCUGUCCUUACCUUGCUCGACCAUUAAGAGAGCAACUUACAUUUUCCGAAUAUAACCUAGCAGAUUUCUACCCACCCCAUUUGCAUUUUAUCCUUAUUUACCUCUCAGUGCAACUUUCCUGCUGGCUUCUCACCCGGAGACAUCUUCUCUCUUGAACUUCAUUUGGCCAUCUUCGCAUAACCAUUUAACAUCCUCCUCCAUCCCAUUCUUUUGAUAAUAAUGUGUGACUUUUUGUGAUGUUUUGAGAUGUGUCUUAUCUAUUUUUAUAUGAUUUUUAAGUUUUCAUUAUAUUUUAUUAAAAUUUUUAAUCAGUAUUGAAGACGAUUACAAAAUUAUAUAUUGCACAUACAUAUAUUGCAUUCUAAACGAUCUUAUAAUAUGUUAGAAAUACCUCUGUAAAUGGAACGGCAAUGUUUCGUUGGAACAGCAGUUCGAUUAUUGUAAUAGUAAUUUUACCCAGGGUUCCGAAAAUUGUUCUCCAAGCGGGCCCAGCUUAACAUCAUAGCAUUAUUUAUUUCCUUUUUUUAAUUUAAUUAUUUGUAUUUAAAGCAUUCUGCUUAUGUGACUUUAUCAUGCACAUUGUAAUCUUUGGUAAUAGAAAAAUUGCCUAAAAUGAUGAAAAGCAAGCACUGGCAUCUUAUCAAAACUUCAGUACUUAUUUGGGUAUCUCACUUUCUUCGAGGCACGCAAGUUUCAUCAGGCCUUCGUCGUAGAUGGCGUACUUUAAAGUUUUUGCUAAGCGACGUACGGAGGAAUCAAGAACAGAGUAAAUAUACUGAAAAUGCCCGUCAAAAUGACAAGGGAAAGCUGGGAAUUUUUCGUCGAAAAUUGGUGAACCAGAACAGCAAUUUCGUCCUAAGUUUUAGAUAUGAAAUGCAAUAUCGUAUUUUAUUUCUAGAAUCAAGGACUAAACAUCUGUUUUGAUUUACCAACAUUUUCAAGAAAAAAAUUCUUGCUGUUCUUUGUCAUGACGGGUAUUGGUCCAUUUCCUCUGUUCUUGAAUUACGCCGAUGAGCGAAAACACCCUAAUGAUGCAGUCCGACGAAAUGUUAAUUGCUAUUUUGAUACGGAUAAGACGACUUCAUUUUUUUCGCAGUUAAUUCUUUCGUCCUUUUUCUCAUCCACAUUUUCCGAUUAUUUCUCUUUCUUUUCACAACUUAAUAAAUCUCAGUGGCGUAUCCCCCAUCCCCCCCCCCUCCCCCCGCUUGUGCGGCCACCACUGGGUAAAAUUCAUUUGGAUUAGUGAUCUAACUAAAGGGGUUAAAUUCAUGCGCAUCAUUGCGUAUUUAUGCAAAUGCAGUCUUUGUCGGUUAACGUAUUGCUACAUACACACCAACUCAUUAUUCACGAUAUCAUGCUAAUUUUUAACGUGUUUAUAAUCAUUCUGCUAUUAAGGGAAUGUGAUAUUUUGUAGUAUGGAUUUUAUUAUUUGCUUUCAUAUGUCAUAUAUCUAUUAACACGCAUCUAUAUAGAAUGGUAACAUUUUAUAACAUUAAAAAAGGUGAUUUUUUAAAGUUUUCAGCUGGACUGAAAAAAGGGAACAAACGUUUUAACAGAUUACCUAAUGUUUUGUUCUCUUAGUAUACUAUUUAAAUGUAUAUGUAUGUUUAACAGUAUAUAAAUGGGGACAUUGCUUAUGAAUCCAAAUCAGGUCCAAAUGCCAUGAAUGCUGUAUCGAUAUGUUUAGAAAGGAAAUAUUUUUUUAAUGUGAAACAGAUAUUGAUUUAUUUAUGAAUCUAUUAUUCGAAGUUGUACAUACAUGAAAUAUUGCUUCGUUAUAUAAUUGUUAUAAUAAUGUAAAUGGUUGGCUAGAUGAAGUGAUUGCCCAAAUUUAUAUUUAAAAAAACUAGCAUUUGUGUUGCGUGAAUGUAAUCAACUUAAAUUUUAUCAUCACUUGCAACAUUUAAAAAAAAAAUCAUGAUAUUUGGAAUUUCUAUUCAAAUUACAUUCCUUUCAAACUUGUAUAUCAUCGAAGAAUUAAAAUCAGAAGAAAUGUAUUUAAUUUCCUUUAUACAUUUCACCAUUAAUUUUAUCGGUGAAGAAUGAAAUAUCCAUUCUGUAUUUGUUUUUGGGAGGGUUGUGUCUAGCAUAUCUCCAAAGUCAAUGACUUUAGCGAUAGACAAUCAUGGUAACGACGAUUUUCUUUUCAUUUGAAGAGAUUCAUGUGAUUAGAUUAAAAAUUAUAAAUUGAAUUUUGUUGAUUUUUUUUAGAUUUGUAACAAAAAUGAAGAAUAUAGUUGAGUUUAUAUUUUUGCAUUAUUAUGUUAAUGUAUUACAUUGGGAAAAACGCUCCAUUGUUUUAGUGAAUAUUGAUGUUAAAAAUAUUAAUCUUGUUUUAAGAGGUGUAUAUUUAGGGCGAUUGACAAGUGGCAAAGAAUAUGAAUAUUGAAACAAAUUAGUUUGCUUAGUUUCACAAUCACUUAUCUCUGUUCAGGAUUAAGUCUCAAGCUGAUUUGAAGAGUGGUUCAUUGUGUCGAACUAAAGUAUUGCUUUCGUUCUUUCAAAUAACCAUCACAUUGAUAUGUGCAUAAUGAAUAGCGCAUGUCUACAUCAUACCUUUGAUACUGCAAACAUUCACUUUCACUCACGGAAUUGCCCCGCCUUGUGCAAUGUCAGCGCUACAAUAGGUUGGUCAUAUUUUUCUGAGGCUUUUUUCUUUAUGGCAUGUGUUUUUUUACAUGUAUGUUCUUUCCUGGUUAGACCGCUAUUAAAUUGAAUUAUCUAUAUUGAUAAUAAAGUGGUGUGCUAUUUUUUUCCACUGCAUUUUCUUUACAAUUUAUCUGAAUUCGUGACCAAUAGACUCUAAUCCAAAGAGGAGCGUUUCAUGUAACCAUUUCGUGAGAUAAAUUACCUAUAUCCCUGGAUCUGAUUGGAUGAACGCAUAAUAUAUCAUUAUAAAAAGACGCCUUUUGAAACCUCACCGGCAUGUCAACACAUUGCGAUUAUUUUCAACUGUAGAUGGCAGCAUACACAACACCCACCGCGCUUCUGGAAUUCACUGUCAUCAACUCCUGACAUAUUUAAUUGGAAAUGUAAUGGUUUAUGUAAAAGGCAAACAUCUCAAUAGUUUGUUAAUAAGCUUACUCUGUGAUACUAGCAAAGUUCGGGGCGUGUCACGCAAUGUGAAAUGAAACUGUGCUGUGUAGUUUUGUUAUUGUUAACGGGAUACAAAAUGAAAAGUUUACGUGUACAGUGAUACAGAGAUCAAAUAAUUGUAAGUGCCUAAAAAGGAUAUGAAAUAAAUUGUCACAAUAAAAUGCCUAUCCACUCUAA